AUUAACAUUGCUCUCCUUAAAACGCUGAACCUACUUCUUCCUCUAGUCCGACCACCACCGCUUUCUUUGCUCUUACAAACACGUCUUCACUUCUCUUCUUUCUCUUUCUCUCUCCCUCUCCUUUCCUUUUUAUCCAUCACUAUUUCUUUCAACAAUACUAUACUCUUUUUGCAUUUCAUCAGUAUGACGGUGCUGCAUAGUCUGGAAAUUAGAGAUCUAUAGAUUUAUCAUGAGCAGUUGAAGGAUAUUACAUUGAUCAGAGAACUAAAGUUAGUGGAUGAAGUUUCUGGCAAACUGGAAAGCAUGUGGUGUUGCUCAGCUUUUUGCUUUUGAGUCAUGCAGAUGGUGACCACCGUACAAAAUGGAAGAGGAAUAAGUAUGACUGCUGCUGGAACACAAGCUAGUUGAUCAUUCUAUGCAAUGGAAAAUGGGCAAAGUAUGAACAUUGUGGGUGAACAUGAUAGUUUAAUGAUGACCACCCUUGAUCAAAGAGACCAUAACGAAGGCCAUGAUGACAUUAUGGCUCGUCGGCUGAAGAACCGUGAACGGCAACGUAGAUAUAGAGCCCGGAAGCGCCUUGAAGCAGACUUGAAGAAGUCUACUAAUAUAAAUCAUUUGAUGACACCUCAAGUUGACCUGCAACUAAAUGCUAGUCUUAGCAAUUGCAUAGACCGUGUUUACUGUAAAAGGAAUUGGAAAAAAGAUGCGAGAAGGGCUGCUGCAUUUAAGAGUCAAGAAGAAGAUACAAUGGAUGGUUAUGUGAAGCCUGCUCUUAACUAUGCUACCGAUAGCCAGACACUUUUGCCCUCUGUAAACAAAGCAGAAACACCACUAGAAAAUAAGUUUUGUUCUUCGCUGGGUUUGGUUAAUAUUGAAACAAAUAAAGCAAAGCUGGGCCGGAGAGAUUGGAAGGCAGAGGCGAGAAACAAGAAAAGCUAAUACGGUUAGUACCAAGAUGUUGUCUAAUGAACAUGUAUAUAGAAAUUGAGUGUCAGCUGACACCUGACUGCAUGGCUAAUUGAACUUAGACUGUUGCCGUAAGUUAGUUUGUUAUGGUUUUAGGAAGAACUUCUGUUAUCAUGUUUCUGGCAAUAUUUACUGGUUUUUCUGUUUGAGAUGAAAAAUGAGAAAUCAAAAGAUUUACUGUUCAGAUUUUACCAUGUCAAUUUGAGAUUAUAUCCUAUGGUUCAUCGUUAUCAAUUAUGAAA